GCAGAUUUUAAUUCACCGCACCAAACCAAACCAGUUGCAUCAUCCAUCCAUUCCACACUCCACCAACCAACCUGCCUCCGUCGGCUACAAAGACAUAGAAAAUAGCUGAUACCCAACAACAAAACCCCCCAUUCUACCUGCCCCUAAAUAAAUAAAUAAAUCUAUUCUAACUGCAGAAUCCUUCUCCGGGGGAGGGGAAGAAACCAGGAGGGUCUUAUCAGAUUAUCUUCCUCAUCUUUAGUCUUCACUUCACCUCCUUUUAAGAGUUUAUUAGACCUCAGACCCUCCUUUUUGUUUUUCCCUCCUCCUUUUUUCUCACCCAUAGAUUAUAGAUAGAAGAAGAAAUCCUAGAAAAUGGAUAACUCUAGCCAAAAGAACCAAAUCCCAGAAAACCCAGAUUGCCAAACCACCCCCGGAGAAGACCAACAACACCUGGCCAUUGCCCCGUCCUCAAUCCCACCUCCUCAUUUACCCAUAGCCACCUUCUCCCUCUCUCUCUCCGCCAUCCUCCCCUCCCAUUUUCUCACCCCACCUCCUCCAAUGCGCAUUUGGCAAAUUUUCUUCUCGGAUUUUGUGCAAUCCAUGAAGUUACCAUUACUGUCUUCAUCCCACAAACACAAGUAGGCAAAUGAGGCAUCGAUGUAGGCGGCAUGGAUCUUGCUGGCACGGCUCUUGGUGGCGUUGAGUUUGGUCCUACUUCCUCUAAUCCAAGCUGGGCUUCUUCCAUUUCCUUCUCUCUUGUAAUUUCUCAGAAAUGGAUAUUCUGCCACAAAUGAAAAGCAGAAGCAAGAGCAAGAGGAAGAGAUCUGCAGAUUCACUACUUAAAGUUGUCUACAUUUCUAGCCCCAUGAAGGUAAAGACUAGUGCAUCAAGGUUCAGAACUCUUGUUCAAGAACUCACUGGCCGAGAAUCUGAUAUCUCGCGGUUCAUGGAUAAUAAUGCUAGAGAAGCUCAAGAAUUUGAGAUUCUUCCUGAUACUUAUAGGGUAUCAAACUCAAUGACCAAUGCUAACAAACGUAAUCAGCAUCAUCUGUCAUUGUUUCCAUCAUUUCCUGGGGAGGAUCCUCACCGGGAUUCGCCUACAUGCUCGGACUCUUUGUUAGAGCAGGCACCUUCUUUUGGAGAUGUGUUAUUGAAAGAGAAAUACUAUCAGGAAUUGCUAACAUCGGAUUUGUUUUCUAACAACUCUGAAUUCGAUGUCCUUGGAAGCUAUGAUGAACUAUAAAUUAGUGCUCUUUUUAUUCUUUUUUUGUCUUUUCUCUUUCCCGUCUGAUCUUGUACACUACCUUUGUUAGUUUGGGGCUUAACUGUAUCAGUUUAGAUGUAUUCAUUGAUUAAUUACGACAAUACAGAAUUUAAUAGCUUUGGAUAA